UCAAGUCAAUAUAAUAAUCAACACACACAGACUUUACGCUAUGUUUCGUAGCGGCCGAUUGAUGCGAUUGUGUUUGUGCCAACGGAUAUACACAAUAACAUCGAAAAAAUCGCAUUUUGACAGCCGCACGUUCAUUGCAACACGCCGUUGUGUCUCUUUCUCUUGAGUGAUCGAAUGAUGAAUGCAACAGUCACAAUUCAGAGUGAACGUUUUGUCGACAGUGGUUGAACAAUUCAGAAUCUAUCUACGAACGAAAAGUUAAAAAAAAUACGAACGAUCGUGUGUAAUAUUUGGCUUAGAACACAACAUUUUUGCGAGACGAAUACAUAUUCAAGUGACAGUAUUUUAGUUAUAGCUAUUCAUAUCGAAUCGGAGCGCAAUUUUUGUUCAUUUCAUUUUUUCAUUUGUUUGUGGUAAAACAUAUAAAAAAAGUCACGCGUAUCAUUUGGAGCUGUGUUCAAGCGAGAUAGAGAAAUUUGUUUAUUUGGCGGUGAUCGUCAACAUUUCUUCUGGAAUCGGGACGACGAAGCGUCGGCGAUGUGAGUUUCACUAACACACACUCAAAAGAUAAUCACAUUGUCCACAUUUGUGGCUUCCUUAGUCGUGGCGAAAUAAAAUGAAUCUUUUUGUGUGGAACGAUCGACGGUGGCAAUUGGUCAAUGUGAAUAGUGAUUAUGACAAGGAAAACUACUUGGUAAUUCGGAAGUUGUUCGUACGCUGGCUGAAGAACAGUGAAGACACCAGUCGUAUCAACGCAUCAAUUUGCAAGGCGUUUGAAAGGUUUGGUAAAAUCGAUUCAGUGGAAAAUGUAAAUGGUGCGAACGCGAAAGCAAAACCAGACGUACACGAAGCGUAUAUCACAUUCAACCGUAGUGAGGAUGCGUACAAAGCGUUCGUUGACAAUCGAAAUGACACAAAAUCGUCGGAUGAAUUGAUUACUCUGCUACCCAUUGACACAUGGAAAGUGGCACCGGUUCAGAGCAAAGAUGAUGAAUUGACGGAAUUGUCGCGUCGAAUCGAAGACGUGGAUGAAGACGAAGACCCUCGUUUCAUAUACAGAAUGUAUAUAACGCCGGCAAUGUUACUGAAAGUGUUCCGUGCAUUUCUUCGUAUAUCAAAAUCCUUUCUCAACGGUCUCGAUUUGAAUUACGAAUUGGAUGAAUCCGAUGACGAAUCGGAUGAGUCUGAUGACGAAUUAUUUGAUAAAGAAACUGUAAAAUAUGAUCCGGAGUCUGAUGCGUCAGAGCAAACAGAUCAAACCGAAGAAUCUACGUCGCAAGAAGCGACGGAAAAUGAGGACGAAUCCUCAGACAGCGAAGAAACCGAUCCAGACGCUGAAUUGGACUGUUUGAACAAUCACGAAUUUGAAAAGCGCAUUUCCGAGGUGAUUGUCAAAAAUCUUGGGCCAAAAUUUGAAACGCUCAGCAUUCGAAAGGAUCAUAUUUCAUGGGAGAUGCUACAAUGGUUUGCACCCGUAUUGAAACAGCUGAACAAACUUACAAUUCACAUUGUUUCGAAUUGUAACAUUUUGUAUGCAAUGCCCAGCUACUGUGCAAAUGUGCAAAGUUUCCAUUUGGAUGGCAACGAAUGGGAUGGUGAAUUCGAACAAAUGCCAGCGGAAUCGUGGCCAUCUCUAAAAGAACUCUAUCUCAAUAUAAUCACAUGGAACGAUGAAGACAAGCACAAAUUGCAGCAAUUCAUUGAGCUGAAUCCGCAGAUAAUGUCGCUGCAAAUUGAAUCGCCCAUCGAUCUGGACUUAUUGGCAACGAUCGGCAAGAAAUUGGUUGACUUGAACACAUUGGCGUUUGUGCGCAGCGAUUUCGAAGGACUGAACAUUGUGCUCGACAAUUUGGCCGGUUUAACAGAAAUGCAUGGACUCAAAAUGUCAGCACUUAAAGUCGAGAAAAACCAUCUGAAUGGGUUGAUCAAGUGUGCCAAACGACUCAGUCGGCUGCAGCAUUUACAUCUAAUCACAAUCUUUCUCAACUGCGAAUCAGACAUCGAUGAAGACAACGAUUUCAAACACCUCAAGGAAUUUUGCAUCACGCAUCAUUACAAUUGCAAGUGUCAUGGUCCAAAUCGUGUGGUUAGCUUCCGCGAUAACGAUAUUGAAGUACCUGAGGAGAGCGCGGUACUGGCUUUAAUUGUCAACACAAAGCCACCAACCGAUUCAAUCGACAAAUCAAUGGAAAUGGAAAUUUUGGCCACAUUCAAGAAGACCACCAAAUUCUUUCCGAACAUCAUUGAACACAUCGAAUUGGCGGAUAAAACCAAUCAUAUUUACAUUCAAAUCAGCAGCAAUCGCUGAAUGAACCUAAGUUAAUUUUUAAGGCAUUUUCAGAGAUUUAUGUCACACCAUUCAGUUUUCAACCUUCAACACAAUUUGAUAGCAUUUUGAUUAAUUAUUUCUAUUUUUUUCGUCAUUUUCUAUUUUCAUAUUUCUUUUUCUCAUUUGUUUAUCUAUUUUGUUCGUAGAACUAUAGACGUAAAAUCGUUGAAAUUAUAAAUACAAACAAAAUCGAAAUUACUGUAUACCUCCAUUUGAAAUGGACAGUAUAAAAACAAUUUACAAUUUGUAAAAUCAAAUUAAAUUCAUAAUUUUUCUAUCAAAAAUUUAAAUAAAAAUGAAUGAUAAAAA